GUGCUUCAGUGUACAUCGGCUCCCCUAAAGCCCCUUUUCCGGGAGAUCAGAGAACCCCACCUUCAUCAUCUGUGUCUCCUGAUUCAAACCCGUUAAUAAUUGCCACCAGCCUCGGCUUUGAUGUGAAACGGCGCUGCGAAAUAAAGUGGAGGCGUCACAAAGUCGAGGCGUCAUUGUUUCCAGGGUUAUCAUCACGGGCAAUGGGCACCCGCUCCUCUCCCUCACACCGGGAGCGCCCACCUAUAAACUUAAGUGAACCACUUCUGAUCCGGCACGGGAGCAGCGAGGAAGGAUGGCUCCGACUCUGCAAUUCGUGCUGCUGUUCAUUGCACUGCAAAUGCCCCAGCCAGCUCCCGCUUUCACCUCUGCAGAAAAGACCCGCGUGCUUAAUGAGCACAAUAAGUUUCGCUCUGAGGUACCCGAUGCAGCCAACAUGCUGAAAAUGAGCUGGGACAGACAGUUGGAGAAAAUUGCUCAAAAAUAUGCAAAGAAAUGUGUGUGGGCGCACAAUCCAAAGAGAGGGAGGAUAGGAGAAAAUUUAUAUGCAACAAAUGGUCCGCUAAAUCCAGCAAAAGCAGUGGAGGACUGGUAUCUAGAAGUUAAAGAUUACACAUAUGACACAAUGGCGUGUACUCCAGGAAAGAUGUGUGGGCACUAUACCCAGGUAGUAUGGGCCACUAGUGACAAAGUGGGCUGUGCUGCUCACCUUUGUGAUAAACUGCAAGGUCUGAACAGUGAAAACCUCUCUAUUCUGGUAUGCAACUAUGCACCUCCAGGUAAUUACGUUGGUUCAAAACCAUAUAAGAAAGGAGCUCCCUGCAGUGCAUGUCCACCUGAAUAUAAGUGCAUUGAUAAACUUUGCACUUCCAAGGCAGGCACAACUGCCUGCAGAUUUAACUUCAAGUUGAAGAUUAUUCUAAGUUUCCUUUGCAGCCUCUACUCAGCAUAUAGGAGGUACUGAAUUGCCACAAAGCCCAGAGACCCAGGAGCACCAAAAACCUGACAGAUCUAAUGGGACUUAACCAUUAUGUUACAAUUUUAUGUCAACUCUUAUGAUAUUAGUAAUUUCACAUUUUGUAUUAAUUGAGAGAGUUGGAAACACUGGAAUUAAUGUUCACUCAGUUUUGUUUGGUUUAUCUGUUGAGAAAGUUCUCUUAGAACAGUUUAACUACUUUGAUCAGUGAGUUUAAGAUACUCUGAUCCAAAACAAAAUCAAACCCUAAGAAGUUUAUAGCCAAGAAACUGACAGACUAACAGUCUGUUUACCUGUCAAUCUAGUUGGCAUAUCAAUUUAUCCCCGUGUCUUUGUAGAAGAUAUAUAUUCUUCCUACAUUGUCUUAUCUUACUUUGAAUUAACAUGGCCUGAAUUUUGCAAUUGGUGGCCAAUGUAUGGUUUCUGCAAUUCAUUAUAUUUACAUUUAGUCAUUAGCUUUUGCACAGGAAUGUGGUUGUGAAUGCAAACCCAUCCACAACUGUGAGCCAAACAAGUAUUUUCCUAACCAGAAAUAAUUCUUCCAAGCCGGGUAGAGUUAGAAUGGUUAAUUCAACUCAAAUCAAGUUUAGAAAGCAAAUUAGAGGUAGGAGGAGAUGUGAUUAAGAGAGAGGGAAAGGGAGGAAGUGUGAGAGAGAGAGAGAGAGAGAUGAAAGGAAAAGGUAAAACUUAAUAUUUUUAUUUUUGAUUUAAAAUCUCCAACACUGUUAAGAUCUGAAUCCAUGCUUGUAAAUGUUAAUUUUCAGUUCAGGGACACCUUUUAGUACAGCAAUUAAGAGUGUAAAUAAUACCUUAACUCUGGGUUUAGUUGUUGUUGAGCAAACUCCAGGCCACUAACUUUUACUGGAAUGGUUUCUGAGGCACCAACAAUUCUCUGUUUCUGGGAUGCUGAAGCAUAGAAAUGCAUAAAGGCUUAAAAUUGAGGGAAACAAAUAAACAAAAAAAAACAUACUUUGUAAAUUUCUUGUGUAU